UCUUUAAACCGUAAUUUUAAAUGAAAAGCCAAUCGGAAAUUGUGACAUUGAAAAACCAAUUUUUACAAACAAGUACUUUUUUGUGGCUUAACUUAAGGUACAUGUAUUGAUAUUGUCCCUUGUAUAUUCAAUAAAUUGUGAAAAUUUAGACGUCUACAGUAUGCCACUUAAGCAAACUCAAUAUUUAUACAUUGUAUCUUAUCAAUAAGUAAACAAGAACAGUAUGCAAAUGUGUUUUUGCCACGCGUGUCUGCCAGUUUACCUGUAUGAUAAGAUUUGAUAAUGGGUUUUUUUCAGGACUUUAAAUAUUUAAAACACUUCAAUUAAUAAUUACCAAUCCAUAUUUACUUAACAUAAUGUAAAUACAUAAAUGAAUACUGUGCAAGAUUUUAAUUGGAUAUAGUUUAACCGAUUCCGAUUAAGGAAGAACUGCAGAUAGUUAGUUUAUUGGUAGUGUCAUGUUAUUCUAAAUGAUUAAGAUACACAUGUAUUGACUGUAUUCUAAAAUUUUACUACUAGUUUGAAAAUAACUACUUAAAUAGUUUCAGCCAAGGUCCUAUAACUGAAAAAUAAUACCUCUUAUUAGUGUUAAGCUGUAACUGUAUACUUUUCCAUUCAAUUUUCAUAAAUAAACGGAUACAAUCAUAAGAACUUAGAUAUUCAAAUGUGAUUGAGUGUACUAUAUGAAGUACAUUUUAGAAAAAAUGUCAAAAAUUCACUCAUACUCUGAGGAUGUCGACACUUCUCUAUUUCACACGAUAGAUCGACAUGCACAGCAGGUACCGAUGCACAACAUUUAUUCGGAAGAUGGUUUGGUGCAGUAUUUGGAGGAUCCAAUAAAUAAAGAUGACAAAAACAAGAAUGUUUAUCUUGCAAGGGCAAUUAUUGCUUUCCUGAAUGAGAUAAACAUAUCUCGAAGAAAAAGUACAUUCAAAACGUCGCAAUCAAUGGCAGCGAUUAUAUAUGGCAGUGCAUUUGAUUCGUUUACAACGCUUUGCCGUAAAGCAGAAAUAGAAGUUGAACUAAUAACUGGAAAGUUAAAAGGAUUAAAAUAUAGGCCAGGAGCAGAAAAUGAGGAAUAUUUACAGGAAGGUAAAUGGUGUGCAUUUAAAUCAAAAGAUAUAUGGCAUCUCGUCCAUCCGCAAUGGUCAAUUAGUUCAUGUUUUGGCGUUGGUUACGGUGGAUAUACGAUUGAAGGAGAUGGUCAUAUAAAUAUACAGCAAGUUGCUGAAAGCAAAGGCCAGACAAUAAACGUGUUUAAUGAUUUCUGGUUCUGCACAAAACCGGAGAUAUUUAUUCACCACUGUUACCCAGACAACCCGGACUGGCAAUUAUUACCUGGAGAGAACAAAAGUCUGGUAGAUUUCUUCUCUUUACCAUUCUUACAACAGGGAUACUACGAAGCAGGAUUGGAACUUUUGUCCGAACGUUCAUGCUCGUUGAACUCGACUAAAGGUGUGUGCAUUAUCACGUUUGCUGCUGACAAGAACUCCUCCAAAAAUAUGGAGUUUAAUUACACACUUUCAGUUGUUGACGGUGAUAUAUCUACAGUUAAUUGGAGUGACCUUAGUCAGCUUGUGAUAUUUAUCCCAGAACUAGACAUGUACACAUUCCGGAUAAGCUUACCUGUUGUAGGUACUUACCUCUUCGAGAUCAUGGUUAUUGCUGAUGAUAUUGUAACGAACGCCGCAUGUGCUGAUUUCAAGAUAACAUGCACCGAAUCGUGUAAAAAAUGUAGGAAAGUCCCAUUUAAUGUUGGAAUUGAAGGUUUUGGAUAUGGACAUGAAGCACAAAGAGCAGGUUUGAAACAUCCAUCAGAAACAACACCGGUGUUGGUACUGAAAUCACCAGAAGAUGUUGUAGGCAGUGAUUGUGAAGAUGAAAGCAUUGAUUUCCAAAUAGACAGCGAUCGUAUUGAUGAAGUUGAGUUCUCUUCGGACAUUAUCGAUGGCAACGGCACAGAUGCAGUGAGAACACGUGCAUAUGUCGACAAAAAGAAAGGAAAAUUGAUAGUGAAAGCAGGAGCAAAGAAAGCAGGCGAUUUUACAUUAGCUAUAAAAUCUAGAGAGAAAGAGGAUUUUGGAUCUGAAUUCAAAACAAUUCUUAACUAUAUUGUAACAACUAAAUAA